AUGACAUCACGGCAGCGACACAGACGCAUCCCCUCCGGGGGUAGCGCUACCACAACACAAACUACCGCGUCAAAUGCGUCCACGACGGUGCAGGCGCCAAACUCCACAAGAACUGGAUCUUCCCAACCUACAUCUACGCUUCCAUCAGUGCGCAGGACUCUAUUCAAUUCUGGAACCAAUUCCCGGAGCCAGCAGUUAGCAUCCAACUCGGUGUCUGUUACAUCCUCAGAUUAUGGUUCUGUCAUACCAAUGGACACCAAUACAGGCCUGAGUGGAAACUCAAACCCGUUUGGUGGAAGCAAUAUAUCGAAAUCAGUACCUAAGUCUGGCACGUCUCUAUCGCCUAGUCCUGAUAACGGUGAUAUUGUCCCUCGUGACAAGAAUGGAUGCUACAAGCUGGAUAUCCCUAUCCUACCGCCAGCAGUGUUUGAAGCAGCUGGCGGUGGCGAUUCAAUGGAAGGCAUAGAGCACUCUGGAGGUGCUGAGAUACCAGUUGAAGAGGGAGGAGAAUUGGCUGGGAGGGACAAAGAAAGUAUGCUUCAUCUCUCUUCAUUUAUUGCACUUGGAGUCAGUUCUAGGUAUAAAAGCCUAUUUCUAACAAAGGAGACAGAGAUUGAUGCAAGCUUUGUUGAGAUGAUGCGUCAUAAUAGGAGUAGGCAUAUUCAUGGCGAGCCAUCUGGUAUUGACCAUCACUUUCUGCUUUUUGUCUUCCUGGAAAUAAAACCAGUAUUAUUAGAACACCUGCUAACGAUAACCCUAGAAGUGUUCCUAUUAGUUCAGCAAAACCUCAGGGACAGAGUAUUAGAGCUCGAAGAGGAUAAUUGGAUGUUCGAAGCUGAGGAAGAAGUCAAACUAUAG